GGGGAAGGGGCACAUUUCAAGUGGUUACAUUGAUGAUUCCUUCUUAGUAGGGUAUUCUAAUUCAGAAUGUCAGCUGAAUGUCGAUGACACCUUGCAGUGUUUUCAUGAAUUGGGAUUCCUAACCCAUGAUGAUAAAUCCGUGAUCACACCAACACAAAUCAUUCAACACCUAGGGUUUGUGUUGAAUUCAAUUGAGAUGACAAUAUCUAUUUCGGAAGAAAAACACAAUAAACUAUGUGGGGUUAUUAUUUCUGUUCUUAAACAAAACAUGUCUAGUAUAAGAGCGGUGGCACAGAUGAUUGGCAUGAUGGUAGCAUGCUGCCCAGGGGUGGAAUAUGGGCCAUUGUUUUAUCGUCAAAUUGAUAGGGAAAAGACAGCUGCACUUAAAGUAAACCAAGGCGACUUUGAUAAGCACAUGACCCUCUCCCCUAAAGCACACCAAGAUAUGUUAUGGUGGGUAGAAAAUGCACGCUUUGUUCACAAAGCGGCUGAAUCAUGGGAAAAUUGUCCAUGUGCUUUACACUGA